CUGUCAUGGCAUUAUCAGAUAGAUAACAGCAACAAGAAAAUAACACUUGAUAAAACAGAAGGAUUUCUGCCUGAAGGACAGAAGAUCACUCUCAGGGGAUAGUGUCACAAACUGAUGGUCACCUCCUCCGGCCCUCGUGAAGCCAGCCUGCAGCGCAGGGUAGCCGCCAUGAUUCAAUCAGCUUCAGGGUGUAGAAGUUGACCAUUAACCUCCGGUGCUGAUUGCAAACACUUCUUUGCUUGUAAGCAGCUGCCUGUGUACAGUGGAUCCUGAAGCAAAGUUCACUGCUACAGGUUGCAAAAGGCAGGAGCUCCUCUGGAAGCUGCUUUGCAAGUGUUUUAGGACUGAGCUGCAACCAUGGCUGCCUCCGGUUAUGGAUACUACAGAAGUACAAUAUUUCUGGCCAUGUUUGUGGGCUACACAUUGUACUACUUCAACAGAAAGACGUUCUCCUUCGUGAUGCCUUCUGUAAUGCAAGAGAUCAAGCUGGAUAAGGACGAUCUGGGUAUGAUCACCAGCAGUCAAUCUUUGGCCUACGCUAUUAGUAAGUUCAUCAGCGGUGUCCUGUCAGACCAAAUCAGCGCCCGCUGGCUCUUCUCCAUUGGCCUGUUCAUGGUGGGAGGCAUCAACGUGAUCUUCUCUUGGUCCUCCACUGUCGCUGUCUUCUCUGCCCUCUGGUUUCUCAACGGUCUGGGCCAAGGCCUGGGCUGGCCUCCCUGUGGCAGGGUGCUGCGCAAGUGGUUCGAGCCCUCUCAGUUCGGGACGUGGUGGGCGGUUCUGUCCUGCAGCAUGAAUCUGGCCGGCAGCUUGGGCCCCAUCGUUGCCACUGUGCUAUCGCAGAGUUACAGCUGGAGGGCGAUACUGUCCGCCUCUGGAAUGAUUUGCAUCGUUGCCUCAUUUGUUUGCCUGCUGGUAAUCAAGAACGAGCCCAAGGAUGUGGGGCUGCCCAACAUAGAGGUGUCGACCAAAAAGAGCAAAGGUGGAUCCUCAAGCCAUGAAAGCACCCUGUCUGAGUUUCUCCUGUCCCCCUACCUGUGGCUGCUGUCCAUCUCCUACCUGGUGGUGUUUGGGGUGAAGACCGCCUGCACAGACUGGGGCCAGCUGUUUCUCAUUCAGGACAAGGGCCAGUCUACACUCAUGGGUAGCUCAUACAUGAGCGCCCUGGAGGCUGGCGGGCUGGUGGGCAGUCUGGCUGCAGGUUACCUCUCUGACAAAGCUGUGGCCAGACAAGGGAUGAGGCUCUAUGGUAAUCCCCGCCACUUCAUCCUGAUCUGCAUGAUGGCAGGAAUGUUUGUGUCCAUGUACCUGUUCAGACUCACCGUUACUCCUGACAGCUCAAAGGUGUGGAUACUCGGCUUGGGCGCCGCCUUCGGUUUCUCCUCAUAUGGACCAAUAGCUUUGUUUGGAGUUAUAGCCAAUGAGAGCGCUCCAUCCAACUACUGCGGGACAUCACAUGCUAUCGUUGCCCUGAUGGCAAACAUUGGUGGCUUCCUUUCUGGACUCCCAUUCAGCACCAUUGCCAAGCACCAUGGCUGGGAAAAGGCCUUCUGGGUAGCAGAGGUCACCUGCCUUGUCACUACUAUUGGAUUCUUCCUCCUGCGCAACAUUCGAACAAAGAUGGGACACGUGCCCAAGAAGGCGGACUGAGCUCAUUCUGUGCGAGCCAGUCAUUUUUACGUCUUUGUUUUUAAUUAGUCAUAUGUGAAAUAAAGUUCAUAGAAAUGUGCAAA